GGACGGAUGAAGCUGAGCGUGGCCACCUACCGGGCCGGCGCCGAGAGGCUUCGCGCCAUCGGACGGUCUUCGUACGGAUCCUCUCCCCCCGUCCGUCCCUUCCCGCCCCCGUCCGGACUCGAAUAUCCCGCCGACUUUCGGCCUAGGGCCAACUUUCACGCUCUUUCGCUCCCUCAGGCUGUUCCACUCGCCGAAUUCCACCCUCGCGUCGACGCCAUGAUGGUGGACGGAAGUCCAAAUCGAGGUGUGACCGUUGCCAAUCCGGCGGAAGGAAGGAGGGAGAGUGCGGUCGGAGGCCAGAACGUUCGAGCCGAUCGGAACGGAAAAGAGAAAGAACCCGCCGAAGAAAAGAAAGACGAAGCUCCCGCUCGGAAAUUGGAAGUCAGCGCUGCCGUUUCCGCUCCGCACUCCAGCAGAUCCAGAUGGCUCAAGUUGAGGACCACGGUACAGCUGACCGGAGCCAUCACUCAGAGUCACAAGAAGCCCCCUCUGAAGAGAGAGGAUUCCUUUCUCAAGCGCUUCUCUACCAGGCAGGUGGCCGAGACGAACAAGGGCGAGGGUGCCUGGUUCUGUCACGGAGAAACCACCAAGGACCAAGUGAAACGCAAGUGGUGGUCCGCUAUCGUCGGCAGCGUCAUAAAUCCCGACGAGAACUUCCUUUUCGGUUGGUUGUGGUUGCUGACCGCUUUCGUGCUUUACAACGCUUGGACCCUGAUCGUCCGCCAGGCGUUUCCGGAACUGCACGGCAACAUGCCGACGUUCUGGUACGUCAUGGACGGACUUUCCGACUUCUUCUUCUUCCUGGACAUCGUGGUGCAGUUCAGAACCGGAUACUUGGAACAGGGUCUUAUGGUGUGCGACGCCAAGAAGCUCGCUAGUCAUUAUCUCAGGUCUCGUCCUUUUCUGAUGGACUUGGCGGCUUUGACGCCUCUGGACACGCUGCAGUUCCUGGUGGGAAACGUGCCCAUCCUGCGGCUGCCCAGGUUUCUCAAAGUGUACAGAUCCGUUAGAUUCUACUACAUGGCCGAAUCCAGGACCAUCUACCCCAACCUGUGGAGAGUGGUCAACCUCGUACACAUCCUUCUGUUACUGGCGCAUUGGUUCGGAUGUUUUUACUACAUGUUAUCGGAACUGGAACAGUUCGAAGGAGAGUGGGCCUUUCCCCAUAGGGACGGCCGCAACGAGACGCUGACAAGGAAAUAUCUCGGAUCGGUCUACUGGUCCACCCUGACGCUGACGACCAUCGGGGAUCUGGCCACUCCGGCCACCAAUCUCCAAUACCUCUUCACCAUCGUCAGCUACCUGAUCGGAGUUUUCAUAUUCGCCACUAUUGUCGGUCAGGUGGGUAACGUCAUCACCAACAGGAACGCCAGUCGUCUGGAAUUCGAGCGUUUGCUGGACGGCGCCAAAUUGUACAUGAGGCACCACAAGGUUCCCAGGAAUAUGCAGAGGAGAGUUCAGAGGUGGUACGAUUACUCUUGGUCCAGGGGUCGAAUGCAAGGAGGAGGAGACAUUCAUUCGGCACUGGGCAGCCUUCCCGACAAACUGAAGACUGAGUUGGCCCUCCACGUCAACCUCAAAACGCUAAAAAAGGUGAGCAUCUUCCAAGAGUGUCAGCCGGAAUUCCUGCACGACUUGGUGCUAAAGAUGAAAGCCUACAUCUUCACUCCCGGAGACCUGAUCUGUCGCAAGGGAGAAGUAGCGAGGGAGAUGUUCAUCAUCGCCGACGGCAUCCUGGAAGUCAUCAACGAACUAGGAAAGGUGCUGACGCAGAUGAAGGCCGGAGACUUCUUCGGAGAGAUCGGCAUACUCAACUUGGACGGUUUCAACAGAAGAACGGCCGACGUCAGAUCCGUGGGAUACUCGGAAUUGUUCAGCCUGUCUAGGGAAGAUGUGUUAGCCGCCAUGAAGGAUUACCCCGAGGCUCAGGAAAUUCUGCAGACGAUGGGAAGGAAGCGACUGAUGGAGGCGCGACUGUCGUCGGGAGGCAACAAGAAACACGAGGAUCGCGUCGACGCGACUAGCCCGACGGGACUGAGAGCGUCGAGAAACAGGGAAUCGAUAGACGCUUGCAGAUCUCGGGAAAUGGUGAAGAGAAUUAAACACGAUGUCCAAAGUUUGAGAGGUCUGCUACGAAGUAAAAGUAUCCCCGUAAGACAAGUGGACGAGUCGGAAGAAAUGGAACUUCAAUCGCUGACGUCUCGACAGAAAUCUCGGGACACGGAAAGCGGAUCCGAUAUAAAUUCCAUCCGAAAAUUUAUGAGGAAAAUCCGAUGGAAAGGGGACGGAGAAAGUUCUCGACCCCUUCGAGGUUUGGUCAGGAAGAUCUCUUGCAUCAAGCCCCAAUUGAGUUCGGACGCUAACGACGCCACCGUCCCCCCUUCGCUGGGCUCGGAGCCUAUCGGAAAAGGUCUCCCUCUGUUGGAAAGAAUCAAGUUGUUGAAGGAGAAAGAACGAAUCAAUGUAGAAGGGGAAGGAGAGAAGGAAAGGGGGAGUGCGGGAAGCGACGCCAACACCGUCAUAGGAGAAGGACUGCCCCUGCUGGAGAGGAUAAAGCUUUUGAAAGCCAAGGAAGAGGCUGCGGUUCGUAGGAACUCGGAAGCGCAGUCGUUGGUUGGGGGAAAAGAAGUGGAGCGAUCGUCCGAACUACCUCUUUUGAAAAGGGUGCUGUUGCUGAAGAGUAAGGAAGAGCAGAAACCCAAAAGCGAAGAGAGCGAAGGAAAGCCUUCGAAUCCCGAAGAGCAAACCAUUAAACUCCCCUCUACCAAAAAACCCAACGCCUUCCAACUAAUCUCUAAAAGCAUCAAUGUACAAAAACAAGAGAAUCGGCGAGCAGCGGAAGACAGCGCUCUCGAUUCCAAAAUGGCGUCCGAUAACGACAACGAAAACCCGCAAUCGAAAUGCCCGAAAUUAAAAUUGAACGGCGGCGGUUAUCGAAUCGCCGACAGGAAAGAGCACCCGAACAGGGAGUCCGGGAUAGAAUCGCAACUGUCCACGGUCGUGGAACACGCGCAAUCGCCACCCCCUGCCGAAAUCCAAGGCACGAAUGCCAUCCGAGUCGGACGAGACUCUGCGGAAGAGUCGACGAACGAAGAAAAGGGCGAGCGUCCACCCGAACGGGUCGAUCGCGAUCCACGGAAUGGGGAGGAAGAUGCGCACGCCACCAGAAGAGCCAGACUGAGGAGGAUGUUGGCCGUGGCGGAAAACACUCGAGAGACGUCUUCGACCGCCGAAGCGCCCAAGACGGUUUCUAAAGACGCGUGGAGCCAGACGGAGGAAGAUUGGGCGUCGAAAGAGAAGACGGACGAGGGGGAUGGAAAGAUGCCCGUUCUCCGAAAAUCUCCCGACCGCCCUCCUUCUUCGGACGGGGAAGAAGCGACGAUGACGCGCCUGAGGGCGCGAUUUCGCUCCACCGUCGACGACUCCCUCUUCGACGACGGCCUCCAAGAGUACCUGAUAAAGAUCAUGAAGAACGUCAGACGGGUGAUGAAGACUUACGUAAUGGAAAAGCAAACCGAGCUGCGAUCCAGGGUGGCGGAGCUGGAAGAGGAACUGAGGAAAAAGAAGUCGGUCAUCAGAAGACUUCGCUGUUCCCUAAAGGACGACGUCGACGGACGGGCCGUCCCGCUGACGCAGUUCGCCCUCCUGGACGACGAAAGCAGUUACGAUGACUCCGACGUCACCAGCCCGGAUACGGACACCGAAAACGACCUCCUCCUCAGCUCGACCACCUCUCGGAGUUCGAGCGUUUCGGAAGAAGUGGAAGGACCCAGGUUGCUUCGGCAUCGCUACUCUUGGCCCCAAGGCACUCCGCCCGGAACCGGAAAGGGACGAAUGCCUCCGCCCAGUCAUUCUUGCGACGAACAAAACUCAAUGUCAGGUCUGGUGUUCGAACCCGACGACAUCUGGAGGGUAGAGUUUCCGGCCAACGGAGUCUUCUCUGGAUCGACGGACAACAACCUGGAGGAAGCGCUUCCAGAAGCUAACGAUUCGUUCAGCUCGGAGGGGGAGGAGGAGGAAGAGAUGGCCACCUCGUGCAACUGGGAAGCCAAGAUGCUGGUGGAAGAAUUCGAGAAGAACAGGAGAAGAUCCACCGACGACGCCAUGCUCUGGAGUUGGAUGGUAAACAGGAAGAGCCUUCAAGAGUGGAGAAGGUCGCGUCGCCAGGGGAACAGAACCAAGAGGAAGCUCAGUCUGGUCGACGAGAGGACGCUAGACACCUGGUCGGCCGGAACCGAAUCUCUCUUCCACCUGGGUGGACAGACGCGUUUCUCCAGCACCGAACGUCUAGUGGAGGCCGCACCUUCCUCGCCGGGUGCUUCCUCCAAACGAAUCCAUGGCAAGGAACAGGGAUCUUCCGCCGUUUCCGGUCGGAAGAUCAGGAAGCGCGGAGGAUGGCGCGAAAAUCCGGGAAGGCCGAAAAAAGGUAUGCCUCGCUGGUCGAGUCUGGACGACGGGGGAGGGCUGAAGCUGGUAUCGGGAGAGGGGGGAGGAAACUGCCGCGUGCAAAAGAGAGAAAACGUCUCGACCGCGGUUCUGGGGUGGCCUUCCAGUCCCUGUCUUCCCACUAUCACGGAAGACGAUUACCACCCGCGCCCGUCGCGUCCGCGCCGGGGGUCCCCGCCAGUCAGCAGAAGUUACAGCCAAGACUGUCUGACCGGAAGAUCGGCUUCCUCCCUUCCGGCCGAGUGCCGGUCGGACGACGGAGCUUCGGAAAGGCACUCGGAGAGCAGCGAGCACGGGGAGGAAUCUCCCCUCAUACCUUUUGCUCAAUGUAGCGACGACAGCGUCGUCAUCGACCUGCCCGAAUACCAGACGCUGCUGGAUCCCUGAACGAGCGGUCGGCGCGUUUUCCGUCGUGGUCGAGCGACGGACAGCAAUAAGUUGUUUGGUCGUUCCGGUCGCUUUCCUUUCUUCCGCCGGCGCGUGGCAGGGAUCCGCCCCAUGUACAUAAAACGCUGUACACAUUGUAAUAUAACACUCGAAUCGGUCGAGCCGGAAAGCGGAAUCGCGACUACCAACGACGAAAAAGUGCGAAUGUUGCAGCAACUUUUAUCCACCUUGAUCCUUUAAUAAAGAGAAUUCGCACCAGACUAAUCUAGAGUAUACAUAAAGAUCUGCUAGAGUAUAAUUUUUUAUGUACUAGAAAUUAUUGUUAUUAUUAUUAUUAUACGAGAGAA